CUGCUGCUGCAGCAGAUGCUGGCCUGGCCUGGCCUGGGCAUGGGCCUGACCUGCUUGGCAACAAUAUGGCAUUUGUCAGUGAUUUCGUUUGCUGGCUGCUGUACUUGGUCAUUGCCAAAAUUUUCGGCUGCCCCCCGUCUCCGUUGCCGUCGUCGUCUUCCAAACCUGUCCCAACUGCAUCGUGCUUGUGCCGCCCUGCCUUCGCCCCCUCGUCCAGUUGGUAACAUAUGAAAACUGUUUGGCAGCAGGAUUUUCGCCUUACUUGUUCCGAAGUCAGUCAGAGAGUCAAAGUAAGAAGUGGCGGCGGCGACGGCGGGCAAGCGUCAGUGUCUUUGUUCAGUUGUUCGUUCCAUUUACAUAUAUGCCAAUGCAGCCAGGCUCCGGGGCACCGCGAUAUAUCCAGUUUGUGGUGCAGAGAUAUGUGCAUAUACUCGCAUACGUACGAGCAGUAUAAUGCACAGAUAUCUGGCGGCACAGCGGCGCUGUGUGUACGACUGUGAAACUCAUGCGGUGCGGAUCGAGUCGGAGCAACAGCAGCAGCCCACGUUCAUAGACUCCGACAUGGAAUCAGCGCUGGAUGUGCUCUCCAGAGCGGCGACCAUGGUCCAGAACAAUGCGAGCGAGAUGCGAGUGACGUCAAAGGAGCUGCCAACUACCAAAUGGAGGCGCGAUCGCCGCCAGCGUACCGCCGAGUACCAGGUUCACGAUGCCGGCAGCAGCGACAGGGAGCGGGAUCGGGAUCGGGAGGAGCGUGAUAUGGACAGCCCCAUUGACAUGUCGGUGACGUCGGGGUCGGGCUCCGGCUCGGGGGCACUGAAGCUUCAUCAGAAUCGGGCCUCGCCGCCGCCACCCUACCGCGAGCCACUGCCGGGCACCAACUACGCUGCCAACAGCCGACCCAGCGUCAUCACCCAGGCACCGCCAAAGCGGGAGGUGCCCGAGCCGGCCCACUCCUCAGAGAACGUGGCCAUGUGCGACAUUGAUGAGCACUUCCGUCGCUCGCUGGGCAAGGACUACGCGGCUCUCUUUGCCAAGAAGUCGCCAACGCCCACACCCACGCCCACGCCCUCGCCCAGUGGAACGCCUAUGCAGCAGAUAUCGCCUCUGGCCUAUGGACCUGCACCGCCAUCAGCAGGCGCUGGAGCAGGAACAGGAGCAGCAGCAGCAGCUGCUCCUCUUCUAUACCAGCAACAUCGCUCGCCACUGCAUAAGCCAGGGCUGGCCAUGAUGCAUUCGCCCACGCUGCGAUCGGAGCCAGAGUCGCCGCAGCUGGAGUUGCCGCCGCCGCAGGAGGAACCGCUGCCGCUCUCACUGCAUCGUUCACCGACUCCACCGUCGCCGUCACCGUUGCCGUCACAGCCACCACAAUCAGCAACAACUGCUCCCAGCCAGGCACUGGACACAUCGGUGACUGCCAAGCGAGCACUGGACACACUGCAUCACACGCCGCCCAGGUACAACACUCCGCCACCGCCGCCAGCGUACGGCAGCGUCCCAGCCUCUACGCCAACGCCGACUCCAACACCGACCCCGACGCCAACUCCAACGCAGAUUCCCACUGCCAGCAGCACCCCCACGAUGCCGGCGAUCAUACGCGUGAAGGCCGAGCCGGGGCUGGCAGCUGUGGCCGCCUCCUCGACGCAGACGCCACCCGCCUCGCCCACCUCGUCCACGAACAUUUCGAUAUUCACCAAGACUGAAGCCUCCGUCGACGAUCACUUUGCCAAGGCGCUGGGCGAGACCUGGAAGAAGCUUCAGGGUGGCCACAAGGACUAGGGGCAAGGACGAGCAGCGACUACACACCGAUCCCGAUCCUCACCCAGAUCCAACUCAAGAGCUGUUUUUUAUUAUAAAUAUUUCAAAACUACACAAUUAACGUUUAAAGAUCUCAUGACAUGACGAUGUGAAAGGAAAUUCUUCAACUGCGAGUGUAUUACAAUAUGUUUCUGAUAAUGAUUUUAUUGAAUAUUGAAUAUUGAUAGCGGUUAUAUACGGAUAUAUAAUGAUACGGACGAUGAUAUAUGAUUUACGAUGAUCCAUGAUCUAUGAUUUAUGUGUAUGGAAAACUGUGUAUACGUACAAGCGACAAAAUUUUGUAUUCUUAAUGCUUAGUUGGUAGAGACUAAUCCUUAAUAAUAUACACCUAAUACAAUUAAGUGAAAAUCCUACAAAUAAUAUAUAUAUUAUUGCUUACAAAUCCAAAUG